GCAGAUAUGAGCCUCAGGACUCUGGACACCCAGAACUGGAAUACGAGUAAUUGGUUGUCUCCAGUUGAUCAACACUGCAAGGACCUUCAAAUCCUGAAGUCAUUUGAGCUUCCUGUUGAAGUACGAGGAGAAGAGAGACCUUCUCUAAUUCCUAUUUCCGAUUCUGCUGCAGCUUACGCUCGAUACAAUUCGGCAGACGAGCACAGGAGACUCGAAAGCCUGUUACGGACGUCUGAGGUGAUUGUGGUUCACUCUGCGGGCUCGUUAAGAUCAGCGAAGUUUGGAUGUCGGAUUCGAGGGCGCAUUUGUUGAUGGGGAGACCUUAGAUCAUCAUGCGACGCACGUAGUGGAGGAAAACCUCAUUGUCACUUAUUCGAUCCAGACUUCCUCCUGAUUACCUCACUUACUGGUGCGAGUAAAGUGUGGCUUACAAACCGGUCCUGUGCGGACAAUGUAGGCAAACUCUGCAGUGUUCCUCCACUUGCACAUUUGGUGACAAUCAUUGGCUCUGUUAACUCUGUGAUCCGGCAGAACUCACGAUUUUUGUUAUAAAUUUCAAGAUGAGUGAAGAAGACAAUGUGCCAGAACUUGGCAACGGCAACACGAACAGUUCUUCUACACAGUGUGGAGGACGGGCAGAAAGUGCUGACAUUCCUCCACGGGAUGGCGACGAGGUGCCGCAUCUCAAUCUAAUACCCGAGCAUCGUUUGGCGCAAGCCGAUGCGAUUCCCAUAAAGGCAAGUUUCGGGAGAUCACCUUCGGCGCUGUCUCGUGUUUCAUCUUCUCUUUCAAGAAGAGGCGCUCUGUGGCCUCAAAGCUUUGAAAGACAGAUGGAAAUAUACAGUCGCUCGCUUAGCGGGAAGUAUCGUGAGGAAGUUUGUGACGCGAACUUGAAUGGCGAUAGUAUCAGCGCUGACCAAUUGGACGCGGAUUCCAAAGAAUCUGUGCUCCUGCAUUCAAAGUGGGAUGACCCUCUGAAGGAGCCCUUGCUACGGAGUGCGUCUGCGAGGACGAGCGGGAAACUUGGAUAUUCAAGAAGUCGUUCCAUCAAAGAGGACGAGCAAUCUCUGGUCGCGAAUGAAGCAGCAGACGUUAGAGAAGAAGAUGACAAGGUGCUUGUGGGAGGCGAGAGUUCAUUCGUGCAGGCCUGCUUGAAUGGAACGAAUGUUCUUGCAGGAGUUGGAAUUUUGUCCACACCAUACGCUCUCUCGCAGGGAGGUUGGUCUACUUUGGGCUUUCUUCUAUUGUUCGCUGUCAUAUGUCUUUACACAGGGAUCCUUCUUCGAAAGUGCCUGGACGCAGACCCUUCAAUUGUCUCCUACCCAGAUAUUGGCCAAGCAGCCUUUGGGCGGAAAGGACGGUUACUGGUCUCCAUAAUGCUGUACUUCGAACUCUACUGCGUUACGGUGGAGUACCUGAUAAUGGAAGGAGAUAAUCUGGCCAAUAUUUUCCCAUUCACGGACGUCAACAUUGGCAAUUCGAGAAUCAGUGCGCAUCAAUUGUACAUCAUCUUUUCAGGACUCAUCUUUAUGCCGACGGUGUGGUUACGGGAUUUGGGCGUCUUGUCGUACAUAUCAGCCGGAGGAGUGAUAGCAGUCUUGGCGAUAUUAUCCACAGUGGGAUAUGUGGGAGCCUUUGAAGGUGUAGGGUUCAGUCAUACGGGAACUCUUGUAAAUUUCAGUGGACUUCCAGUUGCCGUGGGGAUAUGUGCAUUCUGCUUCUGUGGGCAUGCCGUUUUCCCCAGCAUCUACAGAUCCAUGAAAAACCAAGAGCAAUUUUCAAAGGUGCUUAUCGUCUGCUUUACUGCCGUUACCAUCAUGUAUGGAGGCGUAGGAGUCAUGGGCUACACCAUGUUUGGAGACGAAGUGGAAUCGCAAGUCACUCUAAAUUUGCCAAAGACUUUGAUCUCCUCUAGAAUCGCAAUAUGGAUUAUUCUCGUGAACCCCUUCGCCAAGUUUGCAUUGACCAUUACCCCACUUGCAGUAGCCUUGGAAGAGUUUUUGCCCUGGUCUCCAAAGUCCAAGCAAUUCAUGGUGGGAUCUGUCUGUAUUAGAAGUCUCCUCGUUUUAAGCACAAUCGUAGUCGCACUUGCGAUUCCCUUCUUCGGCCUGAUGAUGGGCUUCAUUGGAUCUUUUUUGAGUAUCUCGGUGGCGGUCAUCCUUCCUUGCUUGUGUUACCUACAAAUAUACGGUCGAGCAGGGGGAAUAUCAUCAGCAGAAUAUCCUGUACUAAUUGUUGUUGUGUUCAUCGGGAUUAUUACAGGAUCUGUAGGUACGUAUUCAGCAAUCAGAGGGAUGAUUGGAAACAUAAAGCUUGCCAAGUAGACACGUUCUUCUUGUCUCUUAGCAGUUCUUCUUAGGUCUGGACGCAUUCUAUACUUCACCGCUUUCAGCCUAGAAAGUUCAUUUUUUUUUAUGAUUGCGGUUCCUCCACAAGGUGUAGUUAUUUUUGUACCAUCAUGUAAAAUAGGACCAAACACCAUUCUCUAGAACAGAGUUGCGUCUGCGUCAAAUGUCAUGUUCACAGUAGCUAAGCUUCUUCAGAACAUUUAUUGCUCCAGUUACAGCAAAUAAAGUCACGAAGAUGAUAUCAUCGUCUCCUG